UGCGUCACGCCCCUCUCACGGACAAAAUGGAGGAAACACUCGGCGUUUGUUUGUUUGAGUGCAGUAGACAUUAAUAAUCAUUAAUAAGUUUGCUAACAUAAGUUAGAGCGUGCAUGUAAGCGCAGACAUUACGCUGUGCGGAGUGCGCAUGCGUUGAAGGAUGGAUGAGGAAGGCUCCAGCACUACAGCGAUGACCAAGACCUGGGGCUUCCGCCGGAGCACCAUUGCUAGGCGGGAGUUCAUAGAAGCCAUUGGCUCUGGGGACAGCAGCCCUCCCAUCCAGCGCCGCAGGGGUCGCCCAUCCAGGGGCCGGGGCCGAGGCAAGCGGGCUGAUGAGAGCGGCGUGACCGCUGUAGCCUCUAAACGAGGUCGAGGGGGUCGAGGACAUGUGCUGGUUCCUGAGCUCACAGCCGCAGAUAAGCCAAGCAGUGAACAUGAAGCUCGGGUAGAUGCAGAAAGAGUGCAGUGUGUCGUUGCAGAGCUGAAAUCAGGCGAGGAAUGUGCCAGUGAAGGAGUCACAUCAGAUCGAGCCGAAGAUAGCGAUGAUCUCAAUCUCCAAGAGAUUCGUCAGCGGGCUGUGGCUCGAAGGCUGCAAGAACUCAAUCAUGAAGAUAAUGUUGAUAUGAGAAGUGUAGAAGAUAUCGACCUAGGGGUGAGAUUACUGAUGAAACAGGAAGUGAAUGUGUUUGAUGACACGGAUAUCACAUCAAAAGGAGAAAAGGUGUGUUCUUCCACAGCCACAGGGGCAAGUGGGAAUUCUGUGGCUGCAGCAGGAGCUCGGAAAGCCACUGGAGGUAGAAGGGCUAAAAGAGCAAAGAAAGACUGUGAGCUUGCAGAUGAAGAGCAUCAGGAUGAAGAACAGGAGGAAUUCUCAGAAAAUGGCGAGGAAGACACUGAAAGGAUGAAUCAUGAUACUGUCUGCUGCACAUGUCAACAAGGACACAGUAACAGGUUGAUGAUCUGCUGUGACUCCUGCCAGAAGUGGCGUCACGUUGACUGUGUCGGCGUCGAAGAGUCUUGUACUCCUCUCCUGCAGAGGAACAGACAAUAUGUUUGUCCCUCAUGCUCCGACGAACAAGACGCCACGAGCAAGAACAGGACGACAAAUGGUCUCAGUGAAAAACAUGAAAUCGACUCAACUCAUGUGGUGGGGAUUGAGCAGCUGGUGGAGGAUGGGAUGAAGGCAGAGGAGAAGGCAGCUUUACCUAAAUGCAUUGGUCCAGGCUGCAGUAAUGACUCUCUGCCAGAGUCAGUGUACUGCAGUCAUCAGUGUAUUGUGCGGCAUGCAGCGGCAGCCAUGAAGUCUCUCUCUGAACCCAAAACUGAGACAAAGCCUGCUGCCCCAUCAGCUGACCCGCCUCUCAAG